AUGGACUGUGUUGAUAAUCUUCUGCAGACUUAUUUAGGAAUCCAAAUAUUUCGGUUCUACUUCAAAUGCACCAGGUGCUCAGCUGAGCUCACAAUAAAGACUGAUCCUCAGAAUUCGGAUUAUGUUGUUGAGUCUGGUGCCAGUCGUAACUUCGAACCUUGGCGAGAAGAAGAUGAGGAAACUGAAAAAGAGAAAAAGAAAAGAGAAGCUGAAGAAAUGGGGGAUGCGAUGAAGUCUUUGGAGAACAGAACUUUGGAUUCUAAGAGAGAGAUGGACAUCAUUGCUGCCCUUGAUGAAAUGAAAUCCAUGAAGUCUAGACAUGCAACUGUUAGUGUAGAUGCAAUGCUUGAGACUUUGCAGCGUACAGCUGCCGAAAAGGAGAAGAAAUUGGAAGAAGAGGAUGAAGCACUCAUAAAAUCAAUAUUCCAUGGGCCAAAGGAGGAGAUAAUUCGAAGAAUUCCUGAUGAAAUUUUGGAUGAUGAUGAUGAUGAUGAUGAUUAUAUGACUCAGCUUUUAAAGAAGAGAAAGAUUUCUGGAGAAGUUCCUUCCAACCCCACUACUGAUCUUUUAACAGAGGCCAGUGCAUCUGACAGUUACAGCCAUAGAGAUAAUUCAAAUGCUCAAGGGACAAAUAAUACGAAAUCCACUUCUAACUCUUUACCAGUCAGGAUUUUGGUGAUUAAGAAAUCAGUUGCAGCUUCUGAUAUGAAUAUUGCGGCAAAAUCAGAAGAGACCAACGCAAACACUGCAUUGCAAUCGUUGUGCCAGAACUAUGAAAGUGAUGAAGAUUUUGAUGGGCAUUUGAUGGAGCAGCUAAUGUGCACGUAACAAGGAGCUUACCCAUCAAAUAUAGAGCAAA